GUGAACACUUGUCACCUCCAGGUGAACACUUGUCACCUUCAGGUGAACACUUGUCACCUUCAGGUGAACCUUCAGGUGAACACUUGUCACCUUCAGGUGAACACUUGUCACCUUCAGGUGAACCUUCAGGUGAACACUUGUUACCUUCAGGUGAACACUUGUCACCUCCAGGUGAACACUUGUCACCUCCAGGUGAACACUUGUCACCUUCAGGUGAACGGUUGUCUUUACUUGAUUCAGCAGCCGUGUCUAAAUGACAUGUUUAGUUUCAGCUGCCCCCGCCACAGGACUCGUGAAGGUGUUUGGCGUGGAGGGUAUGAAUUAUCUGAACACAUUAGCACUGCACCUAAUUUAUUGAAAUGUAUCUCUAAGGUUUUUGUUGUUCUGUAACGAUAAGGUCUUUGCUGUGACUGCAGAGCCCGGGGGGGUCCUGCGGGAUGGAACUAUAAGCUUAGACGCGUCGAACAGGAGCAGACGAGGGUUGAAGUAACUUAAUUCUUAAAGAUACGUCUGCGGGAUGUGUGCACAUGACAAACCCCCCCAGCUGGGUCUGGAAAACUAGUGUCGUCAUCGCUUUGCAAACGGGGCCAGGAAAUGUAUGGAUAUUUUUGGAAUUCUGCCAUUAAGGGUCGCACUUUAAUUAUGAAACUGAACGCUGAAGUCGGAUGCAGAGAAAAAGAAACUUGCUAAAAAGCACAGAAGUUUGUCUCAUAACUCUGCUUUCCCCUGGGGUGUACUGAAUCAACCGACCAAUCGAAUAACAAGUACAUUUCAUCAUGUUUAGUCGAACCACCUCCGAUGUAGAACUUUCCAAAGUAUUACAAGGACUCCCUCGAGAACAGAGUCGUGGAAUUUCCCCAAUUUCCCAGCGAACAGCAGAUGUUUAACACCACGCUCAUGUUUCUAGCGAGAACUCCCCGAUGACACCGCCAUCACUUAACGGCGUGAAUCAAACAUCUGUGUCACUUUGUCUUUUUACAUUUUCCCCCAUCGUGUGUGUGUGUGUGUGUGUGUGUGUGUGUGUGUGUGUGUGUGUGUGUGUGUGUGUGUGUGUGUGUGUGUGUGUGUGUGUGUGUGUGUGUGUCCAUUCAGAGAAGUGAAGCGGCCCUAAUUUGUACAAUUGGAUCAAGUUUGUGAACUGAAAGGCAAAUGGAUGUUUUGAUUUAAUCAAAUGAUUAAAGGACUGUUUGAUUAUAUGUUUUUUAACGGGUGACUUUUGUCUGUGAGUUUGAAGUGUUUUAACUCCUCAACAUGUACAAAGAGGGGACGCAUGCAGCAGCUUUAUGGGCAGAAUAAAGACAAGUUGUCGUGAAGAUCCAGGAGAACGUUAUGACUGAAACCCUGUUUUUCAUGGCGUUAAUAAUUACUCUAAUUAAUAAACUGCUGACACGUUGUCACAGCUGGCCAAAGUUCUCCCUCGGAGGAGCACCACAGGUCUGCUGUCCUACAGAUGCACUCUGUGAGGCAGGUCGUACGACAGGAAGCUGCAGGUUAAACAAAGUAUUCAGUGAAGAGGAGCCAUGGAGAAUCCCUCAGAGCCAAUGAUCAUCAACAACCCUGCAGACAUCUCCGUCAUUGUGGGAUACUUCAUCAUGGUUAUCAGUGUCGGCGUUUGGGCCAUGUUUCGCACCAAUCGUGAGACAGUUGGAGGUUAUUUCCUUGCAGGGCGCACCAUGACCUGGUGGCCGGUUGGUGCAUCUCUGUUUGCCAGCAACAUUGGCAGCGGUCACUUUGUGGGCUUGGCCGGCACCGGGGCAGCGAGUGGCAUCGCCGUGGGAGGGUUUGAGUGGAAUGCUCUGUUCAUUGUGCUGCUGCUGGGCUGGUUGUUCGUACCCGUCUACCUCACAGCCGGGGUGAUCACGAUGCCCCAGUACCUGAAGAAGAGGUUCGGAGGGAACAGAAUCAGCCUCUACCUCUCCGUCAUCUCUCUGUUCCUCUACAUCUUCACCAAGAUCUCAGUGGACAUGUUUUCAGGAGCGGUGUUCAUCCAGCAGGCGUUAGGGUGGAACAUCUACGUGGCCGUCAUCAGCCUCCUGUUAAUAACAGCCUUGUACACAGUUACAGGUGGCCUGGCUGCUCUGAUGUACACUGACACAGUUCAGACCGUCGUCAUCAUUGCCGGAGCCUUCGUCCUCACCGGCUUCUCUUUUGCUGAAGUCGGAGGCUACAGCGCUCUGAUGGACAAAUACAGCUCUGCUAUACCCAGUCAUUUCUCCUCCCUGGAUCCCCAGCGCUACAACAUCUCCCCCCACUGCUACACCCCCAGGCAGGACGCCUUCAGCCUGCUGAGGGACCCGACCACAGGGGACCUGCCGUGGCCCGGGGUGCUGUUUGGGAUCGCUAUAGUGGGAGGCUGGUACUGGUGCACCGACCAGGUGAUAGUCCAGCGGUGCCUUGCCGCUCGCAGUCUGACCCAUGUGAAGGCCGGCUGCAUCGUGUGUGGCUACCUCAAACUGCUGCCAAUGUUCCUCAUGGUGUUCCCCGGCAUGAUCAGCCGGGUCCUCUACCCAGAUGAGGUUGGCUGUGUUGUCCCUGAGGUGUGUAUGAGGGUGUGUGGGACUGAGGUGGGCUGCUCCAACAUUGCUUAUCCUAAACUGGUGGUGUCAGUCAUGCCAAAUGGUUUACGAGGUCUGAUGCUGGCUGUGAUGUUGGCGGCUCUCAUGUCCUCUCUGGCCUCCAUCUUUAACAGCAGCAGCACUCUGUUCACCAUGGACAUCUGGACUCGCAUCCGACCACAGGCCACCGAGCGUGAGCUCCUUAUUGUGGGCAGGGUCUGGGUGCUUUGCAUCGUGGCCGUCAGUAUCUGUUGGAUCCCAGUUGUGCAGGCGGCUCAGAGCGGUCAGCUGUUUGAUUACAUCCAGUCGGUCUCGAGCUACCUGGCUCCGCCCAUCGCCUCCGUCUUCCUCCUGGCUGUGUUUGUGAAGAGGGUCAACGAGGAGGGUGCAUUCUGGGGCCUGAUUGGCGGCCUGGGGAUGGGUCUGUGUCGGAUGUUGCCUGAGUUCUGGUUCGGUUCUGGCAGCUGUCUUUUCCCCUCUAACUGCCCUUUCUUGGUGUGUGGGAUCCAUUACCUCCACUUUGCAAUCAUACUCUUCUUCUGUACGUCAGCGCUGGUGCUGCUGGUCAGCUGCUGCACGCAGCCCGUCGAGGAGCAGCAUCUCCAUCGCCUGGUGUUCAGCCUGCGUCAUUCCAAAGAGGAGAGGAAGGACUUGGACUGGGAGCAAGAGGAGAAAGGGAGGAGAGCCCGAAGAGAGGCUGAGGAGAGGUGGAGGGAGGAUAGUGAAGUGGCUGCAGAGGAGGACCAGUCUCUCUGUCGCCUGGUUGGUCGGUUCUGUGGCGGCGGCGACUCCCAGGCCCACGAGGACGACACGCCUGAGGCAUCAGAGAAGCUGCCUGACAUCAGCGAGGACCCGGCGUGGAAGUACACUGUGGAUGCUAAUGCUCUCAUCAUGAUGGCUGUAGCAGUUUUUAUGUGGGGGUACUAUGCUUAGCAGUCCUGAGUCUGUCUGGGUGUGAUUAUGUUGGGAUGUCUCUUCACAGGAGCAGUGUCGCCACCUGUUGGACAUUACGUGUCACUGCAAAUCAUAGAGACUUCACGAUUUAGAAACUAGUCAUGCAAGAAUAGCAGCUUGUGAUGCUUCACUGCAUGUCUGCAGUGUUAGUGUCUGUAAUGCGAUCUACAAAUGUUGGAUCAGGUUAAAAUGCCAUUACUGUAUCCUGUUACACGUUGAUUCAAUCACAGGUCGGUGUGCGCUGAGAUAAAAGGUGCGAACAUAGAAGUAUAAUUUGGAAGCCAGGUGAGAAACUCAAUAAAGUCUAAAGUAUCCGGAAGAUUUGUUUUUAAAAGUUUUUCCGACUCCUUUUAAAACUUUGGCUCAAGAAAUCAAUGAAGAGAAUUAAAUGAACUCACCUUCUCAAAAGGGACAGUUCACC